UUGUUCACUAUAAUUGAACAAAAAUCAGAAAAUGGCAUUUGGAUUAAGGCGAGAAAAUGUGAUUUUGCAACAGUCAACAACGUUGAGUUUGGUGCUGAAUUUGGUUUCGUUGGAAAUGAUUACAUCAAAUUCCAAGAUGUCGAUGAAUUAAGUGUUGUUAUGAAGAUGAGACCAGGUGCAACAACAUUAGAAGUACCAUCAAAAGCAUUGUUUCUUAACAUCUCCCAUAACGAAGAUCUUCAAAUCAACUUUGGAAGUAUGAUCCAUAUUGAUCAUACAAGAGAACAAGGAAUCAAACCAGUAGCAAUGAAGAUUCAGUCAUAUCUCAACACACCUUUCUUAAGUCCAAUGUUGCAAGGAUAUUUGGAUGAAAACAUCAAUGAUUUACUUAAAUUCAAGAUGAGAGGAAGAGCUAUCAGUGCCGAUGCUGGUGAUGAAUAUUUUGUUGUUACAACAACAACAGAUAAUUCAAUAUCACAUUUGAAUUUCAUUCCAAAGAACCAAGAAAUUAUAAAGCUCAUCGAAAGAGGCAUUAAAAUUCUAACAAAUCUUGCUCCUUUCACUCCUCAAUCAAUCCUUCUUAUCCUUCCUUAUUUGAAUUGCAGCUGCAUUUUGCGUGGAUAUGGAAUUGACAAAAUGGAUAAUGAUAUCAUUUUCUUUGAUGAUCCGGUUUACAAAGCUUAUCAAGUCACGAAAACAACACUUGAAUAUCUUCGAUCGAAGAAGAAAUAUCUUGCUGAUCAAAGCUGCAACUGCACAAUUGCAAUUACAGGAGAAGACAUGUCAUUUUCAUUUGAUCCGGCUGUUGAUGAAGAAGAACAAGAUUCUUCUAAUUUGGAUUAUGUUCGUCCACAUACAAAGAAAUCAUGUGAUUCAGUAUUCGGACACAAAUAUAACUAUUCACAUUUAGUUGUUUUAUCAAAAGAUAGAAUUCCUAAUGCAACAGAAAUUCCAUGGAUCAAGAAAGGUAUUUAUGCAGAAUACACAACAGAAACAUUAAUUGCAGCAUUGUCAGCAAACAUUUUCAGGUCAGGUGUUCAAAUCAGGUACACACCAUGGAUUAACUUGUAUCCACAUGGAGCAAAUGUUAACAUUAAAGGAACUCUUCCAAGAAUUGAUCAAAGAGAUGCUGAUCUUUAUGCAAGUAAAGAACCAAUGGGAAGAUUAAUCAACAUGUAUGAAAUGGGUUGCGUUAAAGGACAAGAUUUGAUACAAAAUGUUGAUCUUCAAGAUUUCGAAGUAACAGGAUCAUGCGAUUUUGGAAAAUCUAUUGGAUUAUAUUUCAAAAUGCAAAGAGAAAAUACAUUAAUUUCCUUGGCAGAGAUGAGGAAUAUUUUAAGUAUGAUCCGUAAUAGACAAUUUGCUCAAAUUAAAAAUAUGACCAUAAAUAACCUUUUGAAGAACGAAAACAUAUUGUCACACUUGAUUGCAAUUGCAGAAUUGUUUGAACAAAACUAUGAAAACAUAAGAUUCUCGGAUAACUGUAUCACAAUUGGAAUCAAGAAUCCAUUAGAUGUUAACAAAGAUGUCAAAAAUCUCGAACAAAUAUUACAAUGCUUCAAUAUCAAUCAUAUUGAAGUUGUUCCAGUAUUCCAAAUUUCCAUUUUCCAUUUGAGAGAGUAUAAAAUGGAUAAAGAUCAAUUCGUUAAAGAAAUUGAUUCAGUUCUAAAGAGAUUUGGAAAAAUUGUCAUUAAUAGAUGUGAAUACAAAGAGCUCAAGACAGCUGGAAGUCGUCGUUCAUACAAAUUUGGAUCAGUUAAUAUCUCUGUCUGUUCUACUACAUUCUUAGGUCCAAUUGUUUCUCUCAUCAAGGAGAAGUUAAUUAAGAACAGAUAUGCAACAGUCAGAGUUCCAGACUCAAUUGUUCCUAAGUUUGUCAACUCAAACAAAGAAAUCAUCAAAACAUUAAUUGAAUAUUUCAAUGAACACAAAUUGAAUAUCAAGAGAGAAGGUUAUAGAUACAUUGGAUCAGAAAAAGAUGUAAUGGAAGCAGAAAAAUUGUUUGUCAAUGAUCCUCCAAAGAUUCCAGUUACAAUUGUUGACAUCGCAGCGAAUUACAAUGUCAAUCUCCUCGAGAUCGCUAUCAGAAGAAACAGAAGAUCAUGGAAGAUCAGCAAAAUAUCAAGAAUCAUUGUUGCUCCUUCAAAUGAAUCUAAAGAGAAAGUCAUUGAAUUCAUGAACAAAUUUGGUGUUGCAAGAGAUACACAAUCUGUUACAGAAGAAGAUGACAAAUAUCCAGCAUGUUUCGGUGAUGAAAUUCUUUGCCAUGAAGAUCCAUCAUUGCAAUCAAAGACAAACAUCAAUAUGUUCCUUGAUAUCAACACUGUUGUUUCUCGUCCUAUUUGCCUUGAAUGCGCUAAAGAAACAAUCAAAAACAAUCUUGGAACAAUUGUUGAUGGCAAAGGCAACAUCAAGAUCCAAGAUGUACUUGGAAACGCAGAAUUUGUUGAGAUCUAUCAAUUCUAUGACACAGAAGCAGAUAAUGCUGGAAUAAAUCUUUGGCCAUUCGUUCCAUUUGGACACUUGAUGUGGACAUUGCUUUCUUCAACAAUUUCACACAAAGAAACAAAAGCAUACAUCACCACACAAGCUGCACGUGUUUUCCACAAAUCUUCAAAGAUUACAUUUUGUCCUGUACAUCCUCAAAUUUUGAUGAAAACAGCUGUAUUCCAAACACAAAAAUGCACAUUUAAAUGCUGCCGAAUGGAAAAAUGUGCCAACUGCAACAACUGGCAUAGGAUUGGAGAUUGUAAGAAAGAAUUCAUUAUACCGCCAGGAAAUCGCAAAUGUCCAUACUGUGGAACAGGUGUCGAGAAAACAAUUGCAUGUAAUCAUUUGAAAUGCGUCUGUGGUAAAACAUUUUGUUAUUACUGUGGAAAGAAGAUGGAAGAAUGCAAAGUUGCGGAUCAUCAAUGGAUGGAAGCCCCUGAUUAUUGCAAAUAUGUAUUGAAGAGAGAUGUUACGGAUGCAGAACUCAAUCGAUUUUAUAAUGACUACCCAUAUUUAAGACCAAAAAAUAAUUAA